UAAAAAUAUAAAAUGUAAGUACUUUAAUGUUUAUCAUUAUUGUUGAUCAAAGAAAUUUACAUUGCUGAAACAGAAAUCUUCGAUACCGAAUAAUGGUAAUAUUGUUCAAAGAUUUGUUUAUUAUAGAGAGAUGUGAUUCUUACUCGUUGGAAUGUAAAGAAAAGCUUUAAUAAUUAAACAGUUAAUCAUUUAUUUCAUGAAUAUUUCACUUAAUCUUAUAGUAAUACAAUUUACAUUAAUAUAAACUUGUAAGAUUUAUUUACAUUUCUAGUGUAAAGACAAUUUCAGAGAAGUAUUUUAUUGCUGAUAAAUUAAUAUUAAUUCUAAAUUAUUUAAAAAAUUCUUUUAUUACAUAUGUGUGUGUAAGUACUUAUAUUAGUAGUAUUGAUAUUUGUAAUGAUGUCACUGCUUUCGAGGCGCUGUACAGAACACAUGGCAGAUUUAACCUGAUCUAAUCUAAAUGGCAAAGUAGAAUAGUGUAUGAAAAUAUAUCUAUUUUUUAAUUUGUAAAAAAUAUUUUAUGUAUUUGAUUGACAAUGCCAACAUUAUUUAUUGGUGAUAAUUCCGACUCUGAUAAAGAGUUAAAAGUAAAUACGGAUUAUGCUCAGAAUUAUGAUAAUUUUCGUAAAAAGGAAGAACUUAAUAAGUUGAAAACAAAGUAUGGUGUAGAUUUGAAUACUGCUGUAAGUUUAGAUGAUGAAGAAGCAGAAUCCGAUUCUAGUUCCAGUUCUUCUGAAGAAGAUAGCGAAGGAGAUAAAUUAAAUGAACAAUUCGAUAAAGAAUUCUAUAGAACGUUAGCUCGUUUAAAGAAAAAAGAUCCUCUUAUUUAUGAUAAAAAGACAACAUUUUUUAAUAACGUAGAAGAUCAAGCUAAUGAAGCAGAAAAAAAUGAAGAAAAGAAAAAGAAGAAAAAGGAAAAAGUUAUGUUUCUAAGAGACUAUGAACGUAAAAUCAUAACUGAAAGAGAAGGAAAAUACAGUGAUACUGAAGAUGAAAUUGAGAUAGAACAGAAGAAAGAUCCAACAUAUACAGAGGAAGAACGUUUACUUAAAGAAAGUUUUAAGAAAGCAUUUAAUGAUGAAGAUGAAGAUACUGAGCUCUUAAAGCCAAAGGAAAAAAGUGAAACAGAGAAACAGCAGGAAGAAGAAGCUUAUAAAGAAUGGUUAAAAGGACAACAAAAGGAUAUCGAUCCUAAAGAACAAGAAGAAUUGAAAUCAUUGCGUGAUUUUUGGACUGAUCCUAAAUUAGACCCAAAUGAAAAGUUUUUAAGAGAUUAUGUGCUUAAUCAGAAAUUUUUAAAUAAAGAAUCUUCUAUUGAAGAUUUAAAUUAUAAUGAAAUGGUUCAUGACAGUGAUGAAAAUUUGUCAGAAGAUGAAAAUCAAAUAAAUAAGCAAGAAGAAUUUGAACAUAAAUACAAUUUUAGGUUUGAAGAACCUGAUCAAGAAUUUAUUAAAAGGUAUCCACGGACAAUGGAGAGCUCACUUAGAAAAAAAGAUACUCGCAGAGCACAAAAGAGAGUAGAAUUGAAAAAAAGAAAACAAGAAGAAAAAAUACGGAAGAAGGAGGAAUUAAAACAAUUAAAGGCAUUAAAAAGGAAAGAAAUAGAAGAGAAAAUAGAAAAACUUAAAGAAAUAACAGGAAAUGAUGAUAUACAUUUUAAUGAUAUUGAUUUGGAAGGAGAUUUUGAUCCAGCAGAACAUGAUCGAAAGAUGACAGAGAUUUUUGAUGAAGAAUAUUAUGCUGUACCAGAAGAUGAUAUAAAGCCUGAAUUUCCAGAUAUUGAUGAAGAAUUAGGGGUUGAUAAAAAUUGGGACGAUUUUGAUCCCCAUGUCGAUGAAAUUGUUGAUAAUGAAUAUGAUACACCACAUUGUGAAGAUCCAGACUUCAAUAUGGAUGCAGAUUACGAUGGGACACAGAACUUUCAAUCAGAAUUAGUGGAAGGGACGAAAAAGAAAAAACGAAGAAGACGUACUAGAUUUGCUGAAAUUAUAGCAAAAGAAAAACCAAAAUUUGAUCCAAUGAAACAUCCAUCCUAUGAGGAAUACUUUGAUCAGUAUUAUGGAUUAGAUUAUGAGGAUGUAAUUGGUGAUCUACCAUGUAGAUUUAAAUAUAGGAAAGUUGUUCCAAAUGACUAUGGUUUAACAGUUGAAGAGAUAUUAACGGCUGAUGAUAAAGAAUUAAACAAAUGGUGUUCAUUGAAAAAAGCUUUACAGUAUAAGCCUGAACACGUAGAACAAACGCAUGUCAAGGAAUAUCAGCGAAAGGCUCAGAAUGAGGCACUAAAACGAAAAAUACUUAAAAGUUUAUAUGCUCCUGAAGAGCCCGAAGUAUCUAAUGAAAGUGAUGAAACGAAAACGAACGAAACAAAAACGAAACGUCGACGUAAAAAGAAGAAUUCUAUUAUAUCUAACGAUGUUACACCUAAUAAUAUUCAUUCGGAAGAUACGAAAAAUAAUAAUAACGAUACUGUUCAAAUAUUAGUUAACGAAAAUGUGGAAACGAAAGAAAUUACGAAAGUAUUACAUGAAGAUGAAAAUACGACAGUUACCAAUAUUACAGAAUCGAAAAAUAAUAAAAAGCGAAAGCGAAAGAAAAAAGAACAUUCCAAUGAAAUUGAAUCCAAGAAAAUAAGAACAAACGAUACCGUUUACAAUAAUUUAAUAAAAGAUAUUAAAAAUGUUCAACAGAAUGCUGUCGAAAAAAUGGAAAUAGAUUCGAAGAUCGAUAAGAAACACGUUGAAAAAGCGGUAUCAAAUGUAAAGACAAUUUCUAAUGAAUUUAAUUCGAAUAAAAAACAUACUAUUCAGAAAACAAAGAAAUCCAAAAUAGGUAAAAAGAAAUUUAAAAAGAAUAAAAAAGACGAACCAAAUAGUCAAAUAGCUGCAUUGGAUGCAUCUAGAUUGAAAAUGUAUGGAAUAAAUGCGAAGAAAUUAAAAAACAAAUUAAAAUAUGGAAAACAGAAAUUAUAAUUCUUAUAAUUUUUAAUUAUAAAUUUGUAAAUAAAAUUUUAUUAAGGCUG